AUGGCCUCCAGUUCCAGCCUGCCAUCCUCGAAUCCCUUUGGUCCCGGCUCGUCCUUUGCAAAGAUAUCCGAAGAGGAAGAAUACGAUGUAACUUCACCGACGGAUCCCAGUUUCCGACGCUCACAUACGACCUCACAAAGUCCCUUUUCGAGCGAGGCCGGACCCGAUGAAGACGAGGACGAAAAUAAUAACAACACCCAAAUAAACAGAAAUAUAUUUGCAAGUGCUUAUCAAGACAGUGGAGAAGGACUCAGUUCCGCCGAUCUCAGCGCUGCUCUGUCUAAUGCUGGUGGUCCCGGUCAGGGUAUGCCGAAUAACUAUGCCAUGGGUCGACGUACAUCCGUGUCCGCCGAGUCCUUGAAUCCUACCUCGUCUGGAGCGGAUAGUUGGACACCGCCUUUCCAUCCCAAGACCGACGAACAGUUAUCGCGAUUAAAGAAGGCUGUUAGCGGGAAUUUCUUGUUCUCUCAUCUGGAUGACGAACAUCUCAAGACUGUAUUGGAUGCAUUGGUCGAAAAACCCAUCCCCGCCAAGGGAAUCAAAGUUAUUACUCAGGGAGAUGCAGGUGAUUACUUUUAUAUUGUUGAAGAAGGUACCUUUGGAGUAUUUAUCAACCCGUCCGGAGCCGCCCAACCGGGUCCAGAUGGACUCGGUACUCAGGUUGGAAGUAUAGGACCUGGAGGUUCCUUUGGGGAGUUGGCAUUGAUGUACAAUGCGCCCCGAGCGGCAACCAUAGUCUCUCUAGACCCCAAGUCGACAUUGUGGGCAUUGGAUCGUAUAACCUUUCGACGCAUCCUGAUGGAUUCUGCAUUCCAGCGACGACGUAUGUACGAAGCGUUCCUGGAGGAAGUCCCCUUACUCUCGUCGUUGAAACCCUACGAACGGUCCAAGAUUGCCGAUGCACUGGACACAAUCAAAUACGCCGCGGGCUCAACAAUCAUCCGCGAAGGUGAUCCAGGCGAUUCUUUCUAUUUGUUGGAGUCUGGUGAAGCCGAAGCCGUCAAGGCCGGAACAACUGUUAAAGAGUAUUCGCGAGGAGGUUAUUUCGGUGAAUUGGCCCUUCUAGAUGAAAAGCCGCGGGCUGCGAGUGUGAUUGCGAAGACGGAUGUAAAAGUGGCCAGGUUGGGACGGGAUGGGUUCAAGAGGUUGUUGGGUCCUGUGGAGCAGAUUAUGCGGAGGACGGAGUAUGAUGUUGAUCCUGCUGGGACACCUACUACUAUUGAAUGGUUAUGUAGUAUUUAUUCAAUUGAUUGCGCUAUGGGUAUAUUUGUCCUUAUCCCUCCUGGGGAUCUCCAUCUUGUCGACGCUUAG